GAUCGCAAGCGCGUGCGCGCGUGCCCCUCACCACCGCUCUCGACAGGACCCAAAUCGAGCCGCUCCCAAUUAGCUCUCGCCGAGCAACACUUCCCACCCCUCCCUCCCGUUACGCAUGCGCAUUAGUUCCGAGUAUCGCCUUUGAUGUUCUUUUCCCAGGCUAGCGCAUUCAACAGUUUCUCCCUCUCAGCAUACAGUUAGACGGUUAUGAUACUCUGCGAAGCUUAAGUUUUUAAAAAUGGGGCGGCAGUAAGGAAGCACUCGAAACCCCACUUGCGGUUAUCAGUGGAUUUCCUUCCGUUUCUUUCGCCGUGCGUAUGAUGUCAGAGGGCGGGUCUACAGAAAAACUGCCAAUAGGAUUGUUCCGAACGCUCUGGCGGGCAAGUUGGCGGUGCCUGGAAUGAGACGACUGCUAUUGAGGGCCUUGGUGGCACUGAUAAGAAGGGGUUCAGUCUGCGCAACGGGAGCGACGGUAACUGCCUAUUUGGGGUGAAGAAGAGAGAUGUCAGAAACAAAAGUCCCAUACAGGUUUAAACACUUAAACAUCUGGAUCCAGAAGUAUGGUGCAAGCCUUGCAGACUGCUUUGCUCUACUUGUGGAUGGUUGAUCUAUGACUGUGGGGGAGUUUCCGAAAGUUCAUCACAUCCAUGGAAUUGGAAGAGGAGGUACCUUCAUUCUUAUGGGGCUUGGACCCUGUUUUCUCAGCCUCUGCAAGAAUGUACAUUAAAGAUAUACAAGAAAUGAAAGAAUCGAAACAGGUGCCAGGUAUAUUCUUUUACAAUAGACAUCCAAUAAGGCAAGUGGAUGUUCUUGGAACUGUGGUUCUAACCAAAGAACGAGAUGCCUUUCAUAUGUAUGGAGUGGACGAUGGCACAGGAGUUAUAAGCUGCAUCUGUUGGAAAAAUCCUUCGGCAGAACAGAAAUCUUUGUCAGAUUAUGACUCUAAUCCUAGUACCUCAAGUAGCCUGGAUCUAGUUGAACAGAUGAGGAAGCUCCAAGAAGUGGUUCGGCUGAAAAGUAGACUGGAUAUUGGUGAUGUUGUGAGAGUCCGUGGUUGUGUUAGAACCUAUAGACAGAAGCGAGAAAUAAGCGCCUCCAUAUAUUACAAAAUUGAUGAUCCUAUCUGUGAAGCUCAGAUUUCAAGGAUGCUAGAACUUCCCCAUCUAUACAGAGAGAUUUAUGAUAAGACAUUCCAUCUACCAGAAGAGAGACAGAGUGGUCCAGGUUCAGCAGCCAUGCUGGGCUCCAUCACUGUACUGAGUGAAAAAAUAAUGGAUUUCCUAUCGAAGAACAAAACUCAGAACUUCUAUCAGCAGGAAUUAGAAACUGUGGCUUCUUUGGUAUCACUAAUCAAGCAGUGUGGGCCAAGUACCGCCACUGAACAUAUGGAUUUCAAAGCUGACCUCAACUCUAAGCUAAUUAGGAGUUCAUUCACUGAAGCAAUAAAUGUGCUCCAGGAAAAGGGUGCUCUUUUCCAGAAGUCAAAGAAUCCCAAUGAUGUCUACUGUGUAACCAAGCAGGAUAACGAAUUGUACAGAGUGACCCUUGAAAUAAUCAAAGCUGAUUGUAAGAGGCCAAAGUAUGCUGAAAAGGGCUGCCAUCUUCGCCACAUUCUUAGCUGCGUUCAACAGAACUACAGCUGUUUUGUCACUGAACCUGUGAUUCGUUACCUCCUGGAUCUGAUGGAGAGCAACAGUGAUGUUGUCACUACCAUGGAGGAAUAUUACACUGUCUUUUAAGGCAUGGACUUGUAGAGGUGAAACUUUAUCCAGUGGCCAUGAACAGUAAGGACAACAGUUCUCAAAGACUUGGCUGAAUUCUUAUUCUAAAUCAGAAAAGUUAGAAGUUGCUAAAUCAUUAAAUUUUUAUUUUUUCACUUUUCAAAA